UGUCACACACGUAUUCAGGUGGAGCAGAGCCUUCAGGAGCGGCCAAGAAAGCGCAAUGGCCAGGCUGUGUGAUGCUUGCUGAUCGCUUGACUUUAACCACACACACACACACACACACACACACCCUGACCCAAAGGGUGGAGUUAGCUUAACGGCUCGCUGAAAGGAAUCAAGUCAAGGGAACUGUAUUUCGGUGUUUGUGCAACGUUAGUGUUGCAUAGCUGAACCGCGCUGCCCCGGAAAACUAAACAAGAUGGAGGACUCCAGUGGCAGUAAGCCCUUUAUGGUAACUUCUUCUUUGACUUUCCAAGUCAAUACACCAUCUUUCUACAACCAGCCAAAAAAGUUUGCCUCUGUGGCCCCACCUCGACCCAAAGGACAGAUUGCAAGCACAGCUACAGUUGGCCGGGUUGGAGAGAUUCCACCCCCUCCUUCAUCCCUUGGUGAGGAUUUUCCACCCCCUCCACCUCCAGUGGACGCAGAGCUGCCAGCCCCUCCCCCAGAAUGUCAGCUCACACCCCCUGCAUCUGAGGCUCCUCCCCCUGCAUUCCCUCCCCCUCCCCCUGUUGAAGAAGACUUACCCCUCCCAGCACCUCCUGAAGAUGUGAGCUUCGUUCCCUCAGAUUCUUCUCCCGCUCAUCCCCCUCCACCUCCUCCCCCGCCCCCUCCUGCACCUCCACUUCCUGAGCCUGGCAUCGGUGUCAGUCUCCAGAAGCAGACUAGUUUUGAUCGUCAGCUGGACUCCCUAACCGAUAUGUUAUCAGAAAUGGAAACAAGAAGACCUUUCAACCCAAACUACCAUUUACUUGCAUCCAGUCAGCUGUCAUCAGUGCCCUCCCCAAAGCCGCCUGCUCCUCCUCCCACAGCCCCCAAACCCUCCCUGUCUUUUUUGCCCCCGCCAGAGCUGCAGGAUCGCCCUCCGCCCGCCCCCUGGGCAGAGGAGCUACGUGCUCGUACCACACUGAGACAAGGUGGCCCAAGCACAGCCUCUGCUCCGGCAUCUGGAGCACCACCGGGUAAAGGACCUGCAGCUGCUCCAAAGACAUCAUUCACUCCCAGCCAGCCUGCUUCUAAUUUUAGCCCCAAACCUGCAAACAACAUCAGCUCUGCAGGUCAGCGAGGGGUUAACCUUGCUCCGAAAGUCACCUCCCACAUCUCUUUCCCUCCACCACCUGCUGCACCACCUGGACCUCCUGCACCACCUGGACCUCCUCCACCUCCAGCAAAUGCCCCUGCCCCUGCCCCAGCUUUCAGUAACACCAAAGCCAUAAUUUCAAUCAAUCAGGAGAAAACUUCUCCAUCUCCAGCCUCACAACAGCCUAAACCAGCACCUUCUCCCACUUCCACACCAUCACCAUAUGGCAACACUAUGGCUGUUCCAACCCCACCCAAGGCUGCGCAGCCAAAAGGUUCUGGAGCAGGUGCACCCCCUACUGGUGUUCCUCUCUCAAUGCGAGAAGUUGAAGAGCUGGAACGCAUGACCAAAGAUUUCAUCAAAGACAUGGAUAACCGUGCCCCAGUUAUCUGCUCCGCACCUAUAGAGGUGUGUGGAAAGUGUGGAGAGGCUCUGUCCAGGUCUCAGCCUGCAGUCAGGGCAAUGGACAAACUUUUCCACUCACACUGUUUCUGCUGCAUUACAUGCCACCGCCCCCUGCAGGGAAUGCAGUUCUACGACCGUGAUGGGACACCAGAGUGCGAGGAAUGCUAUGUGAACUCUCUGGCAGUUUGUUCUCGCUGUGGGGAGCGGAUCACAGAUCGCGUGCUGAAAGCAGUGGGCCAGUGUUUCCAUGCUCACUGUUUCCGCUGCACUGCCUGUAGCUGCACACUGGAGGGCUCCCCAUUCAUCACUGAUGACAAUAACAACCCCUACUGCGUCAAUGAUUACCACCGACGUUUCUCUCCUCUGUGUGUGAGCUGCAAUGAGCCAAUUGUUCCUGACCCUGGUAGUGAGGAAACCCUUAGAGUUGUAGCCUUGGAGAAGAACUUUCAUCUGAAGUGCUACCGAUGUGAGGACUGUGCUCGCCCACUCUCUAUAGAGGCGGAUGCCGAUGGCUGCUAUCCAUUGGAUGGGAGGAUUCUAUGCAUGAAGUGCCACACAAAGCGUGCCAAGCAGGCCAAGUGAUUAGUGGAGACUUCUGUCACUCAUUAAAACCCAAAUCUAAAAUCAAAGAUUGACUAUUCUCUGAUUGCAGGCAUUUGAUGCAUUGUUUUUGUGAGUUUUAAAUGUCCUUCACGUUUGCCACUAUUUGUCAUAGAGCCUCGUUUUUGUCUGAAUAUUUCCAUAGCUUUAUCAGCGAGACCACAAUUUAAUAUUGGCAGCAGCUGUUUUUUUUUGUUUCUUUGUUUUUUUUUUCUUGUCCAGGGCUUUUCUCGAACAGCUUCAGUGAUGUUUACCGAAAAAUCACAAGCACACCAACACAGCAUGAACAGUGUUCUGACAUGUCAUUUAAUUUAACAAACAAGAUCUGCCUUUUUGUUUUUUUCUUUUUUUAUGUAAUAAGAAAUUGUGUAACUUUAUUUCUUCAUAAGGGUGGAACAGCAACGGCUCUCAUUAAGCUUAGCACAGCCUCCUGAACAAUAGCAUUAAGGAUUAAGAAAAAAUAUUGCUUAUGAAUACUAGUAUUAAAUAAACAUGAAUUAUUUGAACUUCUAAACUGUCAAGCAGAAAUAAUACAUUUAGUAAAUUAGCUUUUUCGAAUAGACCUGCAGCUGCAUAGAUACUUAUAAAGGCUGGUAGGGAAUUGUGUGUUGUAUAAUGGGUUAGUCUAUGAGCAAAGCUUUGUUUGUCUUUGUCUUGCAUGGAACAUUUAUUCAACAAGUCUGCAUGAUAUAAAAAAAAUAGAAAGCACAAAAGUGACCACCAAUUACUAAUGUAAUAAAAAGGAUAAUAUACAUAUAAAUAAAAAGUAUUAACACAGUGACAGCUUGGUGGAUAUUUUCCAUCGUACAAUCAUAUAUACAAAUGAUCCUACAUGUCUGCAAUCUAAGAUACUCAUGCAAGUAGUGGUCAUUGGAGAUGUUUAUCAAUUAGAAUUGAUUGAUUGGCUCAUCAUCAGACUUUUAUAUACACAGGACUGAUUUAUCAUUCUCUCACUCACAUUUACACUAAACAGUAUAAUGACAAGCAAAAAGCACACUGGAAUGGACCCACAUUACUUCUGCUUGUGAGAAUCACAUUAUGACAUUCUGUUACACAAACAUUUUAAAAUAUUACUGACAAGGAACAGAAAACCCCCAAAAUAAGAGAAGAAUGAGAAGUGAUCCUUCUUUUAAAGAGAGAGCUGUAUCUGUUCUCUUUCUUAAAAGGUUGGUAAUCAACAUUUCUUUAGACAUUUAUACAUGAAAGUGUAUCUUAAGUGCUCUGGUCUUCAUCCUGGCAAGUACUUUUUGAUAAGAGAUGCACGGCCAUGUAAUAUAAGAGGGCAUUAAUAUAGUAAUCUAACCAGACAUCAGUCCAUUAAUCAUUUUUAAAUAACUGAGCACAAAUUGUGUGCUGAAUCAAUAAGUAGGCAAUACAUUUGGGCACUGCCUUAGUCACAGGUUUAAACACACAAUUAGAAGAAUGUCUAGACUCUUUUGUACAGGUGUUUUAAAUGAUUUACUAGUGUCAGUAUUAGACUGUAUUGAACAAAGAUAUUUUUUGUCUUUUUUGUUUCAUGUAGUUCUGUUAAAAAGGUUAUCCAGAUGCUACCUUGAAAAUUACUAAAUGUGUAAAAAGGUAUAUUCCUUAACUUAGUAUUGUACACUCACCACCUUUUUCUGAUUAUGUAUCCCCAAUUAGAAUUUAACAGGAAUGUUCUGUGGAGUGUUGCACAGGUGAAUUAAUGGUAAACGGUUUCCCAGUCUGUACAAUGAUUUACAUGAUUUGUCGGCCCCUCCCUCUUUGAUUUCUAAUGCAUUCGAUUAUUUUUUUUACUUGUGUGUAUCACAUUUUCUCCAUCAUGUUUUGUUAUCGUGUCAGUGUCACCAUGAUACUGCUGUUUACAGUAAAUUAACAUUGAUUAUAGCAACACUUUUUUAUUUUUCCAUUUACUUAUUUACUACAUAUAUACACAAAUGCUUUACUUUGCAGUCAAAUUCCUAUGUAAUAUGUGAAUGUGUGUAUGUUUACGGUCUGAAAAUAUUUUUUGCAAUCAAGCUCUCAUUUGUACUGUAUUAUUAAAACAAAACAAAAACACCUUGACAUGCUACUCGAUUUUUAAGCAUGGUUCUUGAAUGGAAGUAACAAAAUGAGAUUAAAUUUAGAGCCUUUAUUUGAUCUUGUCUCAGUUUUCUGUUAAGCCCUUAUUAAAUCAGCUCAGUGCCCAGUG